AUGUCCAAGUCAAAACGUGAAUACAACAACACCCACUACCCCCGGCCACUCCCCGUCCCCAUCCCCCUCCUCCACAUCUCAAACAAGUACUACACCCCCUGGGAGGUGCUCCAGUCGGUGGGCGACACCCUCUCCCACUUGAGACAUUGGUGGCCAAGCUCAACGCCUGUCACGGUCCUCUACGACAAAAAUGACCUCUCCUUCAAGGUGUACUCCCCCGAGCAGAUGAAAUUCAUCUGGGCAAAUGGAUUCUAUGGGAAGGGCAUUCUCUCGAGGAGUGAGCCAACAUGGCUCCACCGAAUGGAAAACAGACUCAAAUCAAAACACACUAAUGACGUCUCCUAUUCGGAAGAAGUGACGAGUCAGAGACGCCAGUUAAGGGAUGCCUGGAAGAAACAAAGACAAGAAUAUCUGUCACUUGAAAAAUCCUUGAAACUAAAUGCUGUAAACGGUGAAUUGUCAAACAGUGAAAAAAUUCUACUAGAUAAAGAACGUGAUAAACUGACUCAAUUGAAAGAUUCGAUUAAUAAACCAGUCCAAAAAUCGGGAAACUUGAAACCAAUAUGGAGAAUGGAAGAUUUCGAACUAAUUGACGGAAAUGGAAUUAAAGAUUUGGAAUAUUUACAGCUAGACCCAGUGGAAGUUCUGUUUCUUUUAUUACUACAGACUAUCGAAAUCCCAAACUAUGAUUUCCAUUCCUUGUUUUUAGAGCUGGUUGAAGAAUACGGAGAUUCCAUCAUUACAAAUUUCGUCGUUUACUAUCACUAUAAAUCCCUUGGUUGGUGUGUUAAACCAGGCUUGAAAUUUAGUUGUGAUUGGGUGCUAUAUUCUCGAGGACCACCAUUCUCUCACGCCGAAUUUUCGAUUAAAGUAGUAAAUGAUGAUGAGGAGGAUACUUUGAUCGAUUAUUCAGCAAUCUCUAGAGUUGUUUCGGGAGUUAAAAAAUCCCUCGUUCUAUGUUUUGUUGAUCAAGUACAUAAUGGGUGGAAAGAAUACCGGGAUACAAAGGACAUUUGGAAAUUCUUGUCAAAUUGGAGGAUUAAUGAGGUUGUCUGGAAGAGGUGGGCUCCAAGUAGGACAAGAAUGUAA